AUGCAGAAAAAGUGUAAGAAUUAUGAUUCUCUUCAAUCACAAAUUGCGCAGAAACUUGCAGAAAAUAAGAAUUCUCAAGACAGUGUUUCUGUUGAUGUUACAAGGCUUCAACAGGAAAAUGAGAAGCUUAAAACAAAAAUUUCCUCACAAAUUCCUGAGCUUACAAAGCAAAUUACAACUGUAAUUGAAGCUGUUCAAAAGAAAAUUGAUGACCUUCAAGCUAAGAAAAAGAAAGUUGAUAGCCUUCAGUCUAAAGUGAAUGGCCUUAAAAAGCAAAUUGAGGAGGGGGAAAAUGUUGAUCAUCUUAAAAGACAGCUUAAAGAUGCUGAAGAAAGGCUUAAUGAAGCCAAAAAUGCUUUCCCUGAGAAAGAUUCUAAAUCUCUUGACUCUCAUCAGAUGUCUAUGAAGUCUCUCAACAGUCUACAAGGGCUUUGUCAACAUUGUAAGGAUGUUAAAAAUAAUGAAAAUCCUAAAAAGCUUUUAGAGAGUCUUACUGAAGGCCUCGAAAAUUUUCUCGGCUACGAGAAAGGUAAUUACACCGGCUCCGGCAUCGUGUACUCGGACCUUGACAGGCUCUGCGACGGGGUGAUGUCUUUCCUUCAUGGAGUUCUUAGUGGAGUGAGGGAUGAUGAGAGCGUUACAACAUACAAUAAAUACAUUAAAUUAAAAAACAAUGAUGAUGAUUUACAUACUGUCCUUCAAAUUCUCCAAUCUUCAAUUGGCCAGGGACGCAGUGUCUUUGGUGCGCAGGUUGAAAAGGUGAGUGGAUGGCUUAAGAAAUAUUGGACGCAGGUAAAUGACAAGACAGGCGACGUGAAGACUAAAUUAGGUGAAUUCGGGAAGUACGUCCAACGUAAUCAAGGUGACACGCUGGAGGAGCAGUUAACGAAGUGGAACGCUAUCGUGUCAGGCAUCUCACAUAAAUUAGAAACUAUUGACACUAAAGUUAAUUUGUUAGAUAGCACACUUAAGUCACAAAUAACGCACAAAGUAGAGCCGAUUAAAGCAUCGGUUAGGACCUAUGUCGACGCUGCUAGCAAUGAUGCCUUAGCGUGGCAGGUGAAAGUAGUCGAUGGAUUGUUGGUGAAUCAACGAGAAUAUCUUGAGAGAGAGAUUGAACAACAUUAUCUCGUCGUUAAAAAAACGUUUGAGGAGGCGUUGUGGAAUAUUCGUGUAGGUGUCAAUUCAUUGGAAGAUAAAAGGAAAGAACAGAUUAGCCAUUUGAACAAGGCAGUCGGGGAUGCCCAGCAAUAUGUCAAUAAGGAUCUGGGAGUUAGCGUUGGGAGUACUCGAAAUCAGAUAUAUGAGAAGUUUGAUGAGAUCAAAAAACAGGUCAAUAACGUUUAUGUUAGAUUAGUGCACAAAAAGGGAGAGCUUGACAAGCUGGUGGAUCAGGCUAAGACGGAGUUUGCGACUUUGAAAAGAACGAACGUGAGUGAUUGUGCUGGCAAGUUCACUAAGUCGAAUUUUGAAAAUAGAGUUUUGGAUGUGUGGAUAGAUGGGAUUUUGGGCACUGAACCGGUAAAGGGUUUACUUGAUGGUUAUUUUGAAGCGAAUAAAGAAAAGAAUGGUGCGCUACAUGGACAAUACACAUCGUGGCAGAAGGGUGAAAAUAAUAGGAUUGUUAUGGAACACCUAAGGAACCGAAUUAAGGAAAAACUUACGGAGGAAAUUAAUAAAAGCAAAGAAGCGGCCAAAGACACAACCCGAGACAAAAUUCAAGACAACAUUGAAGAUGUCAAUGGUGUCUGCGAUGCAUUUUCCAAGGAACUUGGGAAGCAAAUUACCAGCAAGGUGCAUACUAAGAGUUCAGAUCUCUAUCGCGCCAUACAACUUACUGUAUACCAACUUGUUGGAGUAGGUAGGCAGACGGGCAAUGAACUACAACGAUUCAGCAUAGAGUUUAAUCUUAACGACAAUGUUAAUAGAGCUAUAAGUAGCGUCGACAAAAUCGGUGGGCAAUUUAAAGACAAAGGUGGAAGCAAUAAUAGUCACGGAGAAAAAAUAGGAGCAGCAUUGGCAAUAGUUGAACUAAGAAUUCAGGAGCUCCACAAAUUGCUGGAAGAUAAUGCAUCGGACCAACAAGGUUUGAUUCAGGCGAAGCUCAAAACAAUUGCCACCACCCUUGACGACCUCCAUGACACUAAAAAGAAUGAGACGGGAGGGAAGAUUAACAAGGAGAGGGAUGAUGCCGACGAUCUUAUGUCCAAGUUGAAGAAGGAAUUGCAGGAUAAGCUUGACAACAUAUCCUACUUUAUUGAUAUCGCCGAUUCCGCAUUAGAAACGGCCAUACGUCUUGUCAAAGAUGCAUUGGAUAGAGCCUACGAACAGAUCAAACAAGCAACUACAACCCUCAGAACCAAAAUAACACAUGCCGUCAAGGAAGCCUUCCGCCUCCUCAAAACGCAGAUCCAAAAAUUGGUUUCCGACCAACAAAUUGCAGACCUAUCAGCUUUGCAAGAAUUAGUACGAAAGCAAUUGGACGAUGUAAAACGUAUAAUUGAUGAUGACCUUGCAAACGGCGUCAAGGGGUUACUGGUGUGGAUGCACGAUCACAGAAGUGAUUUAGACGCUGUGGCAACUCAAAGAAAUUUCAAUGAGUUGUGCGCAAAGUUCAAGGAUUACUUUAUUCCUAUUCAAAACUAUAUUAAAUACCAACUCAUCCCCAAGCCCCCGACUCCCUCCCUCCCUCCAGUCCCACCUCCAAUCUCCGGCGGCGGUUACAGAGCGCGGCCGGCAACGGCCACAAAGUCGCAAAAAGCGCAAGAUGCUCCCCAACCUGGCGGACGUGUAGGAUACAUCGGUCCAGUUCAGCCUCCCUCCCCUCCCACCAACCAACCAUCUCCCUCCCCGUCCUCCAAGAAUCCCAUUGAAAAGUUUUUCGACGAACUUGAUCUGCAUACCCGGCAACUUUUUAGCGCACUUCACAACGGUUGCUCUAACUACUCCACUGUAUAUAAAUGUGACGCAUUCACCAACUUCCUCGACUCCAUGCGUCCUACAAAGUUCGCCGAGCACGACAGUCCCCUACUAGACGUCCUGAAGUCAGGCCUCCAGUCUUUCCUCGGGGAGAUUGGCAAGGCGUACGUUAACCUGUACGAGGGGCAUCCACCAAUGGACUUUGCGUGGGAAGCUGAUGGGAAGAAUUGCGCUAAGACAUUUUUCACCCUUCUCAACAUCGUCUACGAAGACAUGGCCACGCUGAAGAAGAGGUGCGAGGACGCCACGAAAUACGGCUGGAAGAACAAGAAAAUAUGCAAGACGCAGAAGGGCACAGGAAAUUCACUCGGCGCUUUCUUCGAGAGGUGCGGCUACAGGAUCCCCAGUGAGGACAACGGCAAGCAGGACGCCGAGCUGCAGUGCAAGGAAAGUAUGAAGGGAUCAGAUCUGCUGGUAAAAUUGGCUGAAUCAUUAACCGAUACGUAUAAUAACGCACAUCUUAAUACGUGCGUAAAAGAAAAGCACCAUGAAGGUCAAAAAGCAAAAACAUUAUAUGAUCUCUUCGACCUUCUCGAUUGCCUGCUCAGCCACUUCAACGAGUACAAUGAAGUCUGUCACUACUCUACAUUAUCCGCAACUAAAUCACCGUGUAGCAUAUUCGAAAUUCUAGUUUGGAUGUCAGGGCUCCCGCAUCAUCCCGUAUUUACAGAUAUGCGUGACGUGGCCGUGACAGACUUAUUCGAGGACCCAAAGAAGAAGAUGAAAGAAGUAAUUGACGGCGUUGAAAUGGAAGUAACAGACAUGAGCACCGUGCCCAUAAAAGCACACCCGAACAGCAUAACAUUCAAUCAUACGCAAGCCGCAGUGACGCAUAUGUGCUCACAGGCGUACGAUCUUCUCGUUUGCAUCCUCGGCACCGGGGACGCCGAGACCAUUUACGGUGUUGACUUCUGCACCAACUCACUUAAGUUGAAAUACCCUAAUAGAGGUGCCGAUUGCCUUCAGAUGUUCCUUGAAAUUCUCCGUAGACUGUUGCCAACACUCAGAUAUCUGGAAACCAUGUGCAGCUAUCCCGCUAGCAUCGGCGGUUGGUCACAGUGCCGUUACGGCAAAGAUGUGAAGCCAGCCAAAUGGCCGUGUGACGAGCAUCCUAAGCCCGAACCAAGAGGCCAACCAAAGGGCCAGGCAACGUGCCAGGCAAACACCGAACCAAACUGCCAACCAAAAUCCCCUCUACAAAGCUACUUAAACGAUUGCCUACCCGGCCAUUUGCCUCACCGACUGGAGUCAGUCGGCUGUAAAGCCGAAUGCAAAACGUGUCCCACAUCUCAACGUGGUUCACCUUGUGUAACACCUCUCGGAUUUAAGACAUUCUCUGGCAGCAUGAGAAGGGGUAGGGACAUAUGUGACAUCCUUGCCAAAUUGCUUGAUGAUGACCAUAUUAGAUCUAUCCUCUGCCUUGUCACCAAGCCGCCAGCCUCUUUGCCUGAACACUUCCAGUUCACAUUAGCGCUUGUUAAGGGAUGGCAUAAUGACGCAAAUUACGUUAAGGACGUUAUACAAACAAAUAUCGAAAACUCCGCCAAGGAGGUAUCUAUCCAUCUAUAUAACGAAACAUCGAAACUCACAGAUGCAUUGCGUAAUGCGUACCGUAAUAAGCAUAGCACAUAUGGCGAGAAGAAUCAUCUACCUGCAUACGCAGACGUUUCUAGUUUAGCAAUGCCGUCAGCAUGUAUUGACCGUAACCAAGAGGUAUACUGCGCUCCGUAUCUGUCAUCGCUCUAUAGGGACUAUUACAUCUGUCUACCAUUUAAGAAUUCUAACACGUAUUUGUCCUGGGCCAUAUACCUCCCAUGGACAUUUUGGGAUCUACUCAACAAUUUAUAUAACGCUUUCUGUGAAAUCACUUGUGCAGAUUGGGGAUGCCGUGGAUGUCUUAGGGGAGACAAGUGCAAGAGUGGCAAGCACGGCGUCGUUGAGGAUGAGAAAGAUGUUACCUGUCAGUGUCAUUCCAUAGUGGCCUGCAAGGGUGUGGCACCAACGCUCUACCAGUAUGGAUUCAGCUUCGGCGAGGCGUCGACGUUGAAUGAUGGUAAGACGCCGAAGAAGUGUAAAGAUUUCUGCAGCCAGUUGAAGAAAGUGCUAAAAUCAGAAUAUUUCCAAAAGCUGUUCAAGGAGUGCGACAAUUUCCUGUGCGCCAUCAGAUGGCCAUUCAUGAAUACAUUGUUAGCCCUCUGGUCGCUGUCGCUCCUGUACCUGCUGCACAUCGCCGUCGUCCGCCUCGACGUCCUGAGGAUACGCUCCCACCUGCGUUCGCCCGCAAGCCACCGCAUCGCCGCACAGUCCCUCCUCGCAGCCGCACGCGUCAAGGCACUCGCCAACGUCAAGUACUUCUCACCAUAA